AUGUUCAAGCAGCUAUCACAGAUUGGUAAGAACCUCAGUGAUGAGUUCGCCAAAGGGCUGUCUGAUGACAUAAAUCCUGGACAGGAAGCUGUGGUGGACGACAAUAGUGGGUUACCGCGAGAGGUGCAGAUCAAGCUGCGUAAGUUCGAUAAAUAUGAGGAGAAAUACCCCAGAUUACUGGCUGCUUACAAGAAUGAAAGACUGAAGUUGGAGAAGGUCGCUGCUAUAGAGAAAGUUCUUACUGAGAAUACGCCAGUGUCGAACAUAGAUGAUGUGGAGACAUUAACAGCAUUCUUUAAGGACAGUGUUGAGAAACAAAGGAUGCUGAACGAUGAGAUCAAGAGAUUAGUAAGUCUCAAUAAGGAUAGCAGUAAGUCUGAACUGGGUAGUAAAUCCGAAGGUUCCGAUUCUGGUGAGAAAGUGGGCGUGUCGGGUGAGGAUAAAGAAGAGAGCCAGAUAGUCGAGGCCACCGAUCAAGUGGAAGAGGUUUUGAAGCUUGAAAGCGAAUUGGGAGACAAGCAAAGAGAGCUGGAAACCUUGCACGAUAAGUACGAAGAGCUACUUCGAAAGGAUCAGGACGUCGAGUCCAUUAAGAUGGAAUUGAAAGAGACAAAAGACACACUCUCAAAGCUCCAGCAAACCCAUGAACAGUUCAUCAGUUCUCAUAAAGAGGAGGUCAGUGAUCUCAUCAAAAAGAAUGACGACGCCGCUGAGUCAGUGGCAGAUAUGGAAGCUGAAAUCGAGAGGUUACAGAAAGAGAUAGAAAUCAAAAAAGAGCAAAUUGCGAAAUGGGAAAAUAAAGCUGAUAAUACUGUCAGCUCCCUGCCCGUCAACAACAAUCCAACUUCAAAGACUACGGGGAAGAAUAAGAAGAAGAGUAAGAAGAAAAAUUACGGAGCUGCCUCCAAUAACACUACCAAUGCAGUUUCCGAGGCAACCGAAAAAGAUGAAGAGCACAAAAAGCUUGUUGAUGAAGUAGAAAAGCUGAGGGGGGUUCAAGAAAGUGCUCAAAACCAAGAAGAAAAAUGUAAGGUCUUGCAAAGUCAGAUCGAUCAAUUUAAAGAAGCUGAAUCUGAAUUGAAAGACCUGCUCAAGGACUCAAACGACAAGCGUGAUGAACUACAAGAGGAGCUAAAUAAAGUCUCAAGCCGUUUGAAGGAUAAAGGACUCGAACUAGAAGAAGUUAGAGAAAUGCUGAGAGACGUCGGGAAUGAACUUGUUGAGGCCAAAGAUCAAUUGAAAGACAAAGCGGGUUUAAAGAAGGAAGACUUUGAGUUACUAAGCGCCGAAAAGGAGAAGUCCGCAAAGUUGUUUGAGAAAAAAGAGCGUGAACUAAUGACUGAAAUCAGCGACUUGAAAGCCCAAAUAUCAACACUUAACGCUAAUACAACUUUUCAUGAGUCGGAGAAGAAGGCAGCAGAAAAGAAACUCAACAAACUGAAUGAAACCCUAUCAAAACUCAAGGAUGAGAACUCAGAGCAGGUUAAGGAAGUUAAUAAUUUGAAACGCACAAUUGUUUCAUUGAAGUCUUCUGUCAAUCAGAAAGAAAAAACGAUCAGCUACCUAGAGCAACAAGUUAAGGACUAUAGUGAGAAGUCUGGUCUUUCAAGAAAGGCAAGGGAUGAUAUGAAGAAGGAAAAUGAACAACUUUUAGAGCGAUUAGAGUCUCUUCGGAAAGAAAAUGAAGAGCUUCGUAGUGAUGUGAAGAAGAACUCUUCGUCGUUCGAGAAUUACUUGAGAGAAAACGGCAAGCUGUCUGAGAGGAUCGCCAUCUUGCAAGAGAAAUAUGAGACACUACAAAACCUAAAGUCCAAUUCAAGCGAGCAAGUCGAUUCUAUCAAGAGACAAUGCGAAGAGCUCAAUGUAAAGUUGAAAGAAUCAAACAAAAAGAUCAUCUCAUUAGAAGAAGAGAUCAACGAUUAUUCAAAUCUGUUACAAGAAAAAACUCGUGAAGCAAACACUAUGCGUAGAUUGCUGACUGAAAACUCGAAUGAUGAGACUACGAAAGAAAGUGCAUUGCAACAAAAAUUGGAAUAUCUUGUUGACGAGAAAGCCAAUUUGGAGAGCGAACUGACUGUACAAGCUUCCCGCAAAGCCAGGGAAAUUCAAGACUGGAAACUUGCGAAUAAUGAGCUCAAAUCCGAGAUUCAUGGUUUGAAAUUGCGAGAAAAGGAGCUGCAAGCAGAGGUUUCAUCCUUAACGGUACUUAACAGUAAUAUGCAGCGCAGAAGUUCGAGUUUUGUUGAUGAUUCUAACGACUUAGAGAAGAUAACAUCGAAUUUGAAAGAAGCAUUGGCGAAGGCUGACAACAAGGUUAGGGGUCUGCAAGAAUCAAACAUCAAUUUGAUGAAAGUCAACGAUGACGUGAACAAGAAGCUCGAUCGAAUGUCAAAGAAUUACCGGACUUUAAUGAAUCAACUGAACACUCUGAAAGAAGAGAGGAGUGAAAGAGUAACAAGAUCCAGCCGAUCAAGCUCUGUGGCAUCUAACAGCAGCCAUUUUACUCCACAGCCGGAUAUGCACCGAUCCCAUUCGUUUGUCAAGGAAGCUCCCGCAGUCGAAUCCCAAAAUGAAUUGAGUGAAAAAGUCGCAUACAUCAAGAACGUUCUUUUGGGAUUCCUAGAGCAUAAGGAACAAAGAAAUCAACUUUUACCUGUGGUGUCGAUGUUGUUACAACUGGACAGUAGUGACGAAAAAAGACUGUUGAUGUCAAUCAAAUAA